CAAGGAUAUUCACAGAAUCAACAUAAACCAAACUUGAUAUCUCUGCCGGGCAAAGGGUUAGGAUUUAUUUAUCUCCUUACCCUAAUUCUCAAAGAACUUGGCAUAAUCUCAUCGUUUGAUAAUCGAAAAGAAAACACACAAGCCCCAUUUUCCACAGACAGGUUGCUUGCAUAUCUAGGGCCUUUUUAAAUCCGCAACCCCCAUCCAGACCUGAACAAGUGAUCGCAAAACCCUCUCUCCUCUACCUUACCUACUCUCCCUCCUCCACCCCCCACUACGCGACACAUUCCACCGCCGUCAAACACAUCAAAAUGGCGACACCUAAUUCCUGGGAGGACGAUCCCGCUGCUCAGGAUGAGAACCUCGCUCAGCAGGCUCAGCAGCAGCUCAACAUGAACAACCCCGCCCCCGCGCAAGGAGGCUUCCGACCUGGCAUCGCCUCUUUCCAGCCUGGUGCUGCUUCAUUCCAGCCCGGCCAAGCAUAUGGAGGAUAUGCACCUCAAUACCAGCAGCAGCAGCAACAGCAAUACUAUCAGCAAGGCUACUACCCCCAAUAUGGUGCUCAGCAGGGCUACAACCAGUACAACCAGGGUUACGGUGGUUACAGCAACCAAGGCUAUGCAGGUGGUGGCUAUCCCCAGUAUGGCCAACAACAGCAGCAGCAACAACCUCAGCAGCCCGCUGCUCCCACGAUUGCUCAACGACCUGCCGCCGAUGCUCCCACUGCUGCACCCAGUCAGCCUGCUGCCGCUACUGCCCCUAAGCCCAAGGUGAUCAGCAUCAGCGGCGAUGCUUCUGGUCCCAAGCCCAAGACGAAGGUACUCUCCAUCUCAGGAGCCGGCGCUGCUACUCCCGUCAAGCAAGAAGAACCCCCAAAGGCUGAGCCUACCGAUAAGCCCGAGGCUGGUCAGAAGGCCACAGCCGUUAAGGCCAUCGAGAAGACAGGCGAGAAGGCCGGUAAGGCUGCCACCGCUAAGACCUCUGGUAAGACCUCACCAAGCCCCGGCUCUGGUCGCAACAGUCCCACCGCCGGUGAGAAGAAGGCCGCCGCCCGAGAAGUUGAUGCCGUCGAAAAGGAACAGGCCGCCGAUGUCGACCAGGAGACUCUCAAGGAAAUUUACGGCAAGGAGCACGUCAACAUCAUCUUCAUGGGACACGUUGACGCCGGAAAGUCAACUCUUGGUGGCUCGAUCUUGUAUGCUACCGGUAUGGUCGACGAGCGAACCAUGGACAAGUACAAGAGGGAGGCCAAGGACUUGGGCCGCGAGUCUUGGUACCUGUCAUGGGUCAUGGAUCUGAACAAGGAGGAGCGAACACAAGGAAAGACCAUCGAGGUUGGCCGUGGUUUCUUCGAGACCGAGAAGCGUCGUUACAGUAUCCUCGAUGCCCCUGGCCACAAGAUGUAUGUUCCCAACAUGAUUGGAGGUGCCUCUCAGGCCGAUGUUGGUAUCCUCGUUAUUUCCGCCCGAAAGGGUGAAUACGAGACAGGUUUCGAGAGAGGUGGACAAACCCGCGAGCACGCCAUGCUGGCCAAGACACAGGGUGUCAACAAACUCAUCGUUGCCGUUAACAAGAUGGAUGACCCCACCGUGGAGUGGUCUCACGAGCGAUACCAAGAGUGUACCACCAAGCUCGCUCAGUUCCUCAAGGGCACUGGCUAUAACCUCAAGACCGAUGUUUACUUCCUACCUAUCGCCGCUCAGCAAAUGAUGGGUAUCAAGACCCGCAUCCCCAAGGAUGUCGCUCCCUGGUGGGAUGGUCCCGCGCUGCUCGAGUAUCUCGACAGCAUGAAAGCUCUCGAACGCAAGGUCAACGCCCCUUUCAUGUUGCCCAUCAAUGGCAAGUACCGUGAUCUUGGUACGAUGGUGGAAGGCAAGAUUGAGGCUGGUGUUGUCAAGAAGGGUAUGAACAUGAUCAUGAUGCCCAACAAGACCAACGUAGAAGCUGCUGCCGUCUACGGCGAGCAGGAAGAGGAGGUUCAGCUAGCUCAGUGUGGUGACCAAGUGCGAAUAAGGCUCAAGGGUAUUGAGGAGGACGAUAUCUUGCCUGGGUUCGUGCUCUGCUCGCCAAAGAGAUUGGUGCAUACUGUCGCUGAAUUUGAGGCCCAGAUCCGUAUCCUGGAGCUCAAGAGUAUUCUGACUGCCGGUUUCAACUGCGUGCUGCAUGUCCACUCCGCCAUCGAGGAGGUAACAUUCGCAGCCCUUCUACACAAGCUUCAGAAGGGAACAAACCGCAAGAGCAAGAACCCCCCUACACACGCCAAGAAGGGCGACAGUAUUAUCGCUCGUAUGCAGGUGAUUGGCGGAGCAGGCGCUGUGUGCGUGGAGAAGUUCGAGGACUAUCCCCAGAUGGGUCGCUUCACCUUGCGAGACCAGGGACAAACCAUUGCUAUCGGCAAGAUUACGAAGCUCAUCUUCAAUGAGGCUUAAAUGAAUGAUGACUGUUUUCAAUCCGCGCACAGUUGCGAUUAUGUGAGACCGAUAAAGGUCACGCCAUGAGCAAAAAUACAGGGGAAAUGUAAUGGACAUUCACCACAAUCAUCUUCUCAAAUCAUCAAGGUUUCGACGGCUUGGCGCUGGGGAAGUUACGGGGUUGCCAGGAACGCGGUGCCGGAAUUAUAGGGUGAUAGGAAGGCCGCUCGUGUUACCCGCCAAAGGGACAUCGAGAGUGAUGACAUGAAAGAAGAGAAAGUAGGCGAUAUUAUGAUGGCUGCCAUACGUUGUCCGUACUUCAAGUGUAUAUAGACAAGCAAGUGAGAAAACAAAAAAGGAGGAUGAAGGGAAUCAUGACACACUAUUUGCCUUGCUCACGUGCGGUAUGGAUGGCAUCUUGAUAUAGCAAAUAAAGCAUGACUCACACGUUCAAGAUAAAUGUCAUUCUUUGAAGGAGAGCUAGCUGGAAGCCAGAUGUUGGGAACAAUGCUGUCUUUGAAACCGAUAGACGAAAAGAAUGAGGUCCAGGCAAGGGCACAGGAAACACGGCAUGUGUGCUUAUAGUAACCAUUCAACGCGGCUAUACAUAUUGAGGGCCAAAGCAGCUGAGGCAAGACCAUGAAUGAUACUGAGACAGGAGGGGAAAAGGUGAAAGAUGUACGAAAAUAACAAACCGAGAAGUUAUCGUCCACCUGAGUGAGGUCUGAGUCGAGAGGCAGCCCAUGAUUAGAGGAGAACUCAGAGCCGGUGAACAUGCCUCGGGGGACAAGAAAACAGCGAACCUUAAUAUGGGGUGUCAAAAUAAACUCAGC